UCUCACAAACACUUUACCAGACUAUAAGAGCUCCCCAACUUUUUCCUUUCAAACUAAAUUAAAGUUGCUUGGAAUCCCGGAUACCUAGUUAUUUCCUCCAGAAUAAGCAACGCACGCUUGGAAUUGUAUUUCACCCUCAUGAGGGAAUAGCGUCUUUAUUCGCAGGCGCUUUCAGCAGACUUGAACGAGAUGCCCGAAGAGCCCGCGCGAGACUCCUCCAGCUCCCCCGUGUCUCCUGCGGAUAGCCUCAGCAACAGCGACGGAGAGGCCGACAGGCCACCGAAGAGGUGCGGAAGGAAAAGACGGUCGAGUAGAAAAAACGGGGAGGAUUCCGAUAGCUCGACCCUUGGGAAAAGGGGGAAAAAGUCUAGCAACAGCAGCAACAGCCCUCAGUCUUUCGAGGAGCUGCAGACGCAGCGCGUGAUGGCGAACGUGCGCGAGCGGCAGAGGACGCAGUCGCUCAACGAUGCGUUUGCGGCGCUGCGCAAAAUCAUCCCCACUUUACCCUCCGACAAACUGAGCAAAAUACAGACGCUAAAACUCGCCGCCAGGUACAUCCAAUACUUCACUCGUACUGCGUCGAAGACGCAUAUGGGGAAAAACCCCCUUCUACUCCUUAUCGGAAUGGAUGAGCGUUUGAGCUACGCGUUCUCGGUUUGGAGGAUGGAGGGGGCUUGGUCCAUGUCUGCAUCUCACUAGUGUGCAGGGAAACUUUUUGUUUGUUUGUUUUCAGAUGGUGAAAGCCACGAGCUGGAAAAACACGGGGACCAAUGCGCCGACACAAUGCUAGAUUCCUUUAUAAUCUUGGGGAAAACUGCAAAUGUUCCAAAAGAGGUCAUGGCUAUUAUCGGGAGAAGGCCACGGACAGGGAAUUGUUGCGCGUGCGCUGCAUACGGACUUCCUCGAGAGAGUUGUUAUUGACGACGAAUGUUGGAAAUGUGUGCAUAUGCAUGUCUUUUAUUUUUGUUACUUUUUUUUCAAGACUCAGCUGUGCAUAGCUUUCUUGGAGAAAGUGAAAUUGCAUCGCAAGGACUGUCGGUGAGAAGAUGGGGAAUGAUGCCUCUAGUUCGAAUCCUGUGCAAAAUACAAAGUUUUAGUACAAUUCUAUUUAUUUAUUGAUGACACACUUUUUGAAAUGAAGGCAAAUGUAUCCUGUGUCGAAAUGCAUUCUUAUUUUUUGUUACUUUUGUAAAUAAAUGUGUAUUUCUGUAAUAAAGAUGAAGAACUUUUAAGAAAUAUUUUACGUUAGUAUCAAAAUUAAUUCACUUCAUUCGUGUGGCCGAUUUAGGAAUACGAAGUAAACUAUUAGAAGAAACUUGGUUUCGCCUUAUUAUGACGAAUGAUUUUAAUAGUUUUAUCUAAAAAACGAGUUGGUUGACAUAUAGGCCAAAAGUUUAGAGACGAAAAUACGUUCAAUGAAAUUGAAAAAUGAAAAGAAAGGAAAAAAUAAUCAAGGCA